AUGACUGGUGUUACAUAUACCAUAGAGCCAAUCGAGGGUCGGGCUGCCAUCCAAAGAAAUUUCGUGAAGCUCCCCGAACGUGCCUCGAACUAUUCAAAUCGACAUGUAACUCUCAACGAACGAUUUUCUAUUAUUGAACGUGGUUACUACCUCAAGCCCACAGAGCUGCCCAAGGGAUCGAAACCACCGCGAGUCAUUCUCGUGCCGACCAGCACCACAUCUUCGGAGGACAUUAUGGCCGUUAGCCUUGCAAAAAUGGAAAAAAGACUACAAGAUGCGGAGCGAAAAUUGGCAAAGAGUCAAGAAUCAUCUCCAUGUGUCAGCCCUCCGCGAUCAAUCGAUUCCGUAUCUCCGUGA